AUGAGUAGUGUUCGCAGUGGGAAGACCGCCGUGGGUCCGUCUGUGCAGCGGUUCAAAUGCACCCACGUGGACUGUGACGCGACUUUCCCCAGAGAGUGGAAGCUGAAGGAGCACGAGACGGUGCACACUGGAGCGCGUCCUUGUGUGUGCACAUUUGCCGGCUGUGGUCGUCGUUUCACCAGAAAAUCCCACCUGCGUCGCCACAUACUGAAGCACCAAGGCGUCAAACAAUUCAAGUGUAAUUCUGCAGGCUGCACGAAGAGUUUUCUUCAAGCAGACCAACUAAAAAGACAUGUUGGUUAUGUCCCCGGAGACAAAAUAAAUCUUUUUAACCUCUUGUAUUUAUUUAUUCCUCUACAGUGUAACCACCCCAUGUGCUCCUUAACCUUUAAAAAGCGCAGAAUGUAUAAACUGCAUUUAAAGGAACAUCAAGUACCUGUUAAGUUCAAGUGUUUGAAGGACGGAUGCGGAGCCACGUUUGACUCCCAUAUCGCCCGUAGCCAUGAGAAGAAGCACACAGGUUACCGCUGUCCUCAUGCUAACUGCCAGGUACUUGAACACACCUGGGGAAAACUUCAGAAACACAUGGCCAAACACCCAGCCACGUUUACAUGCCAGACAUGUAAAAAGGUGUUCAAGAAGGCCAACGCACUUCGGAGACACAAACGGAUCCACGCUUCUCAUAAACCGGUACUGGUUUGUCCUAGACCCGACUGCCAGGCCUACUUCUCCACGACCUUUAACCUGCAGCACCACAUCCGCAAGGUGCACCUCCAGCUCUUCAAAUACAAAUGCUCCUUCCCUGACUGCCCACGCAUGUUUGCUAUGCGGGAGAGUAUGACCAGACACCUGCUUUGCCAUGAUCCAACCAUCAAGUCUCUAAAGAAACGACAGCGGCCCAAGAAGUCCUGGCAGAAGCGUCUGGACGGAUACCAUCAACCCCUGGUGGAGGAAAACCUGCGCCGCCUCUUCACCCUGCGCAUGCGCAUUUCCCGCCGCGCCAAGGUGGAAGCUGACCUCAAGGGUCUCUUCAAUGAGCGUAAGAUCCCCCACUACGUCGAUCCAGAGGUCAACCUACGCGGCCUCUUCGUCAAACAACCUCGUCCUUUAGAGGAAAAAUCCGAGGUUGUGCACUGA